CCUCGUUCCGUCGUCUCACUCAUUGCUGUCCUUUCCGAUCACCCCGCGACGGCCCUUUGCGCUCAUUUUGGAGGCUUCGCUCAUACGAGAGCCAGCCGAUAGGCUUCUUAAUACGUCAAUCAUCGACCGUCGACUGCAACUGGCGAACUUCUGGUGAAGUGUUGCUCUCGACACACGUCUACGACUACGAUUACGUCCAGGCCCAGGCUUCCCCCCCCCCCCAAUUGCCGAUUCGGCGAUAAGAUAGCGACGACAAUUCCGUCACGAUGGCAUCCUCUCUCGAUCUCGACAACCUCGACUAUGUGCAUCUCAUACCCUACAAUGGUUCUGGUCCCACAGGAGGAGAUUCUCUCACGGAGGAUCUGAACAUUUGGUAUGAGACUGGUGACAUUGGAUGGAUGAUCACAGCCACCGCGCUGGUGUUGCUUAUGAUUCCUGGCGUCGGUUUCUUCUAUUCUGGACUGGCGAGGAGAAAGUCAGCGCUUUCUCUCAUCUGGCUUUCCGUCAUGGCGACGGCUGUCACCAGUUUCCAAUGGUUCUUCUGGGGCUACUCACUAACAUUCUCGCACUCCGCUGGUGCGUUUAUUGGAGACCUGUCAAAUUUCGGAUUCAAGGACGUCCUCGGCCGUCCCUCUGUUGGCUCGAGCCGCCUUCCUGAUCUUCUCUUCGCUAUCUACCAGGGCAUGUUCUCCUGCAUCACCGUUGCCCUUGCGACUGGAGCUGUUGCUGAGCGUGGCCGCAUGCUCCCUUGCGUCAUCUUCAUGUUUAUCUGGGCGACCGUCAUUUACGACCCGAUUGCCUGCUGGACGUGGAACCCUAGUGGAUGGUCCAACAAGAUGGGCGGUCUCGACUUUGCUGGAGGUACACCCGUGCACAUCGCGUCUGGCACAGCCGCCCUCGCCUACUCGAUGAUGUUGGGCAAGCGUCGUGGUCACGGUACCCACGAGCUCAACUACCGACCUCACAACGUCACCCACAUUGUCAUCGGCACCGUCUUCCUUUGGGUCGGCUGGUUCGGUUUCAACGCUGGCUCGGCUCUCUCUGCCAACCUUCGCGCUGUCCUUGCCGCCGUUGUCACGAACCUGGCUGCCUGUGUCGGUGGCAUCACUUGGUGCGUGUUGGAUUACAGGCUGGAACGCAAGUGGUCUACUGUGGGCUUCUGCUCUGGUGUUGUUGCUGGCCUGGUCUCCAUCACCCCGGGAUCCGGAUACGUCCCUGUCUGGGCUGCCGUUCCUUUCGGUAUUCUCGGUGCAGCCUUCGCCAACUACGCGACUAAGCUCAAGUUCAUCCUCAGAAUCGACGACGCUCUUGACAUCUUUGCCGUUCACGGCAUUGGCGGUCUCGUGGGCAACAUCUGCACCGCUUUCUUUGCCGCCAACUACAUUGCUCACCUUGACGGUGUUUCCGAGAUUGACGGAGGCUGGAUUAACCACAACUGGAUCCAGCUCGGAUACCAGUUGGCCGAUUCUUUCAGCGGUGGCGCUUACUCCUUUGUUGGCACCUGCACCAUCCUCUUCAUCAUGAACAUGAUUCCCGGUCUUCGUCUCCGUGCCACCGAAGAGGCAGAGAUUCUGGGUAUCGACGAUGCCGAAAUCGGCGAGUUCGCCUACGAUUACGUUGAGCUCACAAGAGAGGUGCUCAACGACAUGGAUAACGAGGCUGCCAGCCGCUACUCCAACGAUAUGGCUUCUUUCCAGCCGAUGGAGAAGAACAACAGCAUUCCCUUGAUGGACGCCCGCAACUUUGCCGGGUCAUCACAGCAAUAUCCCUCACAAUUCGGACACGCUCAAUAAAGCGCGAUGAGUACGAGUUUCACACAACACUUACGACCCAUCGCCCUUCCUCGGCAGUCUACCCUGCACAAGCUCUUAGUUCGACACGGCCCCGCUGUUUAUAACGACACCAUAAUCAGCUCAAGGCACUGUCGCUGGUCCAACUAAGCAAAGCCUUAGCUUGCAAUUGCCGAGCCAGGCGAGCCGCAGAGCCGGGUGACAGCUGUGUACGAUACGGUGGCAGAGCGAAACGUCAAUGUCUCGGAGAAUGAGGACACGAGGAAAAUGUUAUUGUAUAUACUAGUUGGAUUUAAAGCUACGGUGAUACCAUGGGAAGCGAAGAAUGAGAUGGUCUACCCUCGACCGUCUGUACUUGUAAUUACGUAUAAAAAGCCAGACAGACCCGCCACGAUUUUGGGUUAUCUCUUUCGUCCUAUAGACCAGGAUUUCAAACAUAAUUUUUUUUA